AUGCUCAAGACAGACAUUUUUACUAAACUCCUGUCUGGUUUUCAGAAGACUUCAGGGGAUAUUUUUGGUUUUAGGUUUAACGAGUAUCUCAGGAACUGUAAAACUUACGACAAAAAGCCUUUAUGCAACCAUGUCAUAAGUUUCCACUUUUCAAGGUGUCUGAGUCUAGAAUGUAGAGAUGAGCAAUGGUUUCCAAAUUUUAGCAAUGAUUAUACUGAAGAGUUUAAUUACCUGCGGCUAUCCAGUCAUGCGCUCAUGAAAUGUGAUUUCUUACCUGGUUUUGGUCUUUCAGCCUUAUCUGAAACUCUACUGUUGGCUCCUGAAUCAUUGAAAGUUUCCAUUGAUUAUAAACGUCAAUGUUUGAAUUUACAAUGGAGCAUCCACAGCCUUCUUUAUCAUCAGAAAGUACGAAUGAUUUUUCAGAUAGAGAUCAGCAGGAUUGAAACAUCCAAUGUUGUCUGGGUGGGGAACUACAGUACCACCGUGAAAUCGAACCAAGUUCUGCAUUGGAGCUGGGAAUCUGAGCUUCCUUUGGAAUGUGUGACACACUUCGUAAGAAUCAGGAGUGCCGUGGAUGAUGCUGAGUUUCUGGAAUCAAUGCCCUGGAGCACAUGGAGUGCCUGGGAGAAAGUGGAUGUCCAGGAUUCUCUUGGGCCUGGUCAACUCUUCAUUUACCCCCAGGACAAAUUGAUGGAAGAAGGUUCCAGUGUCACCAUAUGUUACAUAUCUAGAAGUGAGAGUAAAAUAAACUGUUAUUUGCAUGGCCUCAGGAUCCAUGGAGAACAACUUACUCCAAAUGUAUCCACAUUCACCUUGCGAAGUCUUCCCUUUAUUAAGAAAACAGGGACAAAUUUCUAUUGCAACACAGAGCAUGACAAGCUUCUAAAUGGCACCGUUCUCUAUGUAUCAAAAGUACUUGAGGAGCCCAAGAACUUUUCUUGUGAAACCCAGGACUUGAAGACUUUGAACUGUACUUGGGAUCAUGGGCAUGACACACGUUUGGACAUACAGCCUUUCCAACGCUACACUUUAUUUGAAUCAUUCUCCCAAGAAAAGAAAGAUUGUGAAAAACUAAACUGGUGCACUUGGCAAGUACGUCAAGAUUCCCAAGAAAUGUAUAACUUCACACUUGUGGCUGAAAACUAUCUGAGGAAGAGGAGCGUCAAUCUUGAUUUCACAUUGACUCAUCGAGUUCACCCAAUGUCUCCCUUUAAUUUCUUCCAUAAGAAUGUAAAUUCCACAAGUGCCGUUGUGACCUGGCAGGUGCACCCCAUUGGGAGGUCACACACACUUUUGUGUCAGGUGGAACUCCAUCAUGAUGGACACGUGAUACAACAGAAAAAUGUUUCCGUCAAGUUGAAUGGUGAAUACCUUAUAAGUGAAAUGCAGCCACACACGUAUUAUCUGGUCCGAGUACGCUGUGCUUAUAGUGACCACUUCUGGAAAUGGAGCGAAUGGACUGAUCAGGAAGUCACCACCCUUGAAGCUGCCCCCUCGAUGGCUCCUGAUGUCUGGAGAAGUGUGACAUCUGUGCCAGGAGGUUACAACGUGAUGUUAUCUUGGAAGCCAUUAUCAAAAUCUCAUGCAAAUGGAAAUAUUCUAUUCUAUAAUAUAGCUCUGGAAAAUCUAGACCAACCAUCCGAAUUAAGUCCUCUCUCCAUUCCUGCACGGCUCAGUCACAAAGAACUGAUGCUCAACCAUUCUUCUUACCAAAUCCAUGUCACAGCCAAUAACAGGGGGGGGUCUUCUCCUGCUGCUGUGAUGGUCAUCUCUGGGAACUCCCAAGACGAAGAGAUUGAAGAAGAGAUCAUUGAAGCCACAAAGGAUGGGUUCUCUCUGUCUUGGAAGCCUCAAUCAGAAGAUGCCAUAGGCUAUGUUGUAGAGUGGUGUGACCAGCCCAAGGGCCCACUCUGUGGCCUCCAGUGGAAAAAGCUAGGCCCCAAGACCCUAAGUACAGUCAUCACCUCAGAUGCAUUUAUACCAGGGGUCAGAUACAACUUCAGAAUCUACGAAAUAUCCACACAAUGGAUUGCUUCUUUACUGAAGAAACUAACAGGCUACUUCGAAGAACUGGCUCCUUCUGCCAACCCUCAAGUAGUCAUGAGUAGGUUGACACCACACUCCUUCAUGCUGAAUUGGAAGGAUUAUUCCACGGAAUCGCAGCCCGGCUUCAUAAGAGGGUACAAUGUCUACCUGAAAGCCAACAUGGAGCAGUGUGUGCCAGGAUUUGAAAGGGUACUUCCCUCAGAUGUUUCAGCAGGCUGCAGACACAAAAUUGAUAACCCUGAACAAAAAACAUUCGUUGUGGAAAACCUACAGCCAAAAUCUUUCUAUGAGGUUUUUGUCACUCCCUACACGCGAGCCGGUGAGGGCCCCAAUGGCACCUUCACAAAGGUCACAACCCCUGAUGAACACAUUUUCUUGUUUCCUUUCCAGCACAACGCUCACCUAACAAUAAUGAAUCUCAAGGACUGUGUUCCAGAUACAAUUGAGGUUGUAAACAUGCCGGCAGAGUGCAAGGCGCCCUCUUGGAAGUCACUCACUGAAACGGAACAUCCCAAGCCUUCAGCCUACUUUACCCCACUUAAAACAAAAAUGCCUCUCUCACCCGCCCUAGGGCAGUGCAUCUGUUUUGAGAACUUUACCUAUAACCAGGAAGCCUCUGACCUGGGCUUCGGUGGCCAUAUCCCACUGACACCUAACACCCCACCAAGUCACCUGGGACUGUUCAUCUCACCUGGAAAUGUUCUAAGGGCCCUAGAGAAAGACUACUUGAACUCCCUGGGAGAAAUCCAAGCUGGAGAAAUGAGUGUGAAUUAUGUAUCCCAGUCAGCUUCUCCCAUGUCUGAAGACAAGAACAGUCUCCCAACUGAUCAACCAAUGCCCGCACCCUGUUCGGAGUACAAAACACAAAUGGCAGUGCCUCUGGAUUGGUACCUGGCACGCUGGGGCUUGGCUGGUGUCAUUACAGUGCUGGCCGCCUCAGUCCUUAAUCCCAGCGACCUCUCACCAUCUGCAGGUCUGAUUCGAUCAGAACUCUCAUCCCUGGCUGAGAAGCCCUGA